AUGAUCCCCAUUUCUAGGCGCUGCCAAGAGGUGGUAAAGUCAGUGGUGUUGAAGCAGAACUGCACAUCUUGGAAGCAGGAUUUAACCAGGGCCGUGAUGGAGUCUGGUAUGUGGAAGAAUUUGAAGGCAGACCACAGGAGUUCAUGGGGCACUGAGCCAAAGGCAUUGGCAAGGUCCAGAAAAACUACGUGGAGAUCCCUUCUCUCUACCUUUGCCGUUUGGAUCUGGUGCCAGAUCAUGCUGGAAUGUUCUGAACACCCGGAGAAUCCUGAGAUUCCUGCCUUCUGUACAGAUGUGUUGAUGUACUCGUUUCUUCGCAGAUACUCGCCCAUCCUCUGUGCAAUGACACUGAAGAAGAUUUUGCCCUCAACAUUUAAUAGGGAGAUUGGACGGAAUUGGCUGAUGUUCUCUGCAUCUUUCUUUAAACUUGAGUUAAUUGGCAUUUGCUGAACUUGAGUUUGUGGCGUGUCUUGAACUUGAAAUUGUGGCAUUUGUUGAACCUGAGUUUGUGGUGUUUGUUGAACUUGAAGUUGUGGUAUUUUUGAACUUGAGUUUGAGGCGUUUUUUGAACUUGUGUUUGUGGCAUUUGUCUAACUUGAGUUUGUGGCAUUUUUUGAACUUGAGUUUUGAGCAAUUGUUGAACUUGAUUUAGGGGCGUUUGUAGAACUUAAGGUUGUGGCAUUUUUUUGAACUUGAGUUUGUGGUGUUUGUGGUGUUUGUUGACCUUGAGUUUUUGGUGUUUGUUGAACUUGAAAUCUUGGCAUUUGUUGAACUUGAGUUUGUGGCAUUUGUUGAACUUGAAUUUGUUGUGUUUGAAGCCAUUGAAGUUGUGGCAUUUUUUGAACUUGAGUUUCUGGCAUGUUUAAACUUGAGUUUGUGGUGUUUGUUGAACUUGAGUUUUAUGGAAUUAUAUGUGUUCCAGUAUCCUGAGAGAGCAAUGAAAGAUUUUGAGCGAGCAAUGAUAGAUUUUGAGCACAGAAAAAUAUAUUAAGCAAACAAAUGCGAGCAAUGAUAGAUUCUGAGCACAAUGACAAAUUUUGAGCACAGAAAAAUUUCGAGCAAAAAAAAAUCUAUUCUCUGCACCAUUAAUGUGUUUACAUGACGCGCUCACUUCCCCCCUCCCUCUCUCGCUCAACAUCUCACCCUCUGCACGCUCAGGUUUUUCCUCUUUUCGUGCUAGAGCACGACACAGGAGUGGAUUUUCACUCCUGUCCCAUCCCACUCCCAGAGAAAAAAUCACGUCCCAAACCCGGACCGGAGUAAAAAAAUUGAUCCCGUCCUGUCUCACUCCCGUAGAAUGACUCCCACUCCCAUCCUGUUCCCACUCAAAAUUACUCCCACUCCUGUCCCGCUCCUGUUUGGAUAAAACCAAGCAUGUUGAAAAAACAUUGCAUUUUUUAUUUCAGGUAAAAGUGCAGUGCAUAUAAAAAGCAUUGCCUUUAAGUUCCACAUGCCUGACAUUCGGUUGGUGUAAACAAAGUGCAUAUAUAUAUAUAUAUAUAGAGAGAGAGAGUGGCGUUUCUAGAAUAAUUUACUCCCCGGGCAAGACCCCCUCCAAGCCGUCUGAGCUGCGCCUCUGAAAUCCUGAGGGCCAUUUUGAGAAGGGCCCCCAGAUCCUGAGGUUUUCUUAACUGUUGAGGUGUACAAAAAAGCUGAUAUCUCAGCCUCUGUCGCAGAUAGAAACAGAAUUCAAAAAGUAUUUCAGAGUUUACAGGUGUGGCUUUCAAGAAAGCUAUCUAUUAUUUUUUUGGAACCUUCAUCAUAUUUUUGAAAACAUUGAAGAAACAAACUUAAAUGAAUUAAAAUGGCUAUAUAAAUAAAAGUAAAGACUCUGCACUGGAGAAUAAUAAACUAUUUGCUUUCUGUAAAACAAGUGGCAGUCAUGAUAAAGUGUCCAUUCAACACAAAUGUAAAUAUAAGAAAUAAAGUGUUGAAAGGGUAUGCAGCUGCCCUAGUAUAAUGCCAGUACAAGACCAGGACUUAAAACUAGAAAAAUGAAUAAAUUCAUACGUGUCUGACAGCGUGUUCAUCUCUGUGCUCACCCAAAGUCAUGCAGCACUCAGAGAAAACGCUGAUAGUGUGAACCAAAGACCUCAAUAUGAAGAAGUUGUUCACACUGCUGGAUGUUUCUCCUCCGAAGCUGCUCUCUGCCUCUGUCGUUGUUUACUUUACUCUUGGAGCACGUAGCAAGAUCCGAGCAUGAAUCUGAACGCUUUAUUUGCCUAUCAGAAGCAGACGGGUAAGGUGAUUUGAUUCGCCACAACUCCAGAAAUGAUUAAAGAACUACAGAAUGUCACAAAAUGACGUAUCCGCGCUCCUGGCUUGAAGGGUACGAAUGCGCAGCCGUGCUCCCGGCUGACAGGAAGUCAAACCACUGUAGUAGUUCUUUUGUGUUGCUAGCGCGGUCAAGAGGGUUGGCUCUCACUGAGAGAUGACUACAAAAAUGGAUGCAUCUGUUCAUCUGGUUGUUUAACACGGCUGAAAAUGAUCAUCUAUAAAUGUUGUUCCCGCUCCUGCCGUCUCCCGUUGCUUUUUUUCCCAUCCCGUCCUGAUCACGGGAUUAAUUAAAACAUGACUCCCAUCCCAUGGGAUUCCCGCAGUAAUCACGUGACCCACAGGAAUCCCCAAAAAAUGUCAUCCUCUACUUUGCGCACAGCUUGGCACACACGUUACAAUUGUGCCACAAAGCCAACUAAUCAAAGAGCUGGCAGAAGUACACUCUGAUUGGCUGUUCGCUCUCCCAUUAGAUCGCAUUAAGUGCAGGGGGUUAAAAGAUUACAAUACAGUGCAUACAGUGCAUUCAUUCAUCCCUUAAAAACAGUCAAGUCCUGUAGUCAUUAGAUAAUGUCAGGUAAACAACAACAACCACAUGUAAGUAGUUUGUGUUGCCUUUGUUAUAAACAAAGUGUCACAAAGCAGUGAGGGGUGUCUUGUCCUGGUUUUUCUUUCUUGUCAUUUUCAUGUUUUAUUUUGAAAAAUAACUCCCCUCUCGUUUCAGGUCUCUCGUGUUUCCGGUCUGACGUCUCCCCUGAUUCCUGAUUGUUUCCACCUAUUCCCCAUUAACCUCAUGUGUCUUAUAGUCAGCGUCUCCCUUUGUCCUGUGCCAGAGUGUCUCAUUUAUUCAUGUUCCUCCAGCCUUCAUGUCCACAGCCUUGCUCGAUAGCCUCGUUUGUAUUUUUGAUAAUUCUUGUUUCCUCUUUAGAAGAGUGAUUUUCUGUUGUAGUUUUUUCCCUGUUUAGUUUCUAGAUCUAGCUUCUGUUUCAUAGCCUUGUUGCUUUUUCCUCCCUUUUGGAGUGACUUUGUUUUCUUACAGUUUUUUCUAGCUUAGGAGUGCAGUGUAGUUAAGUUUGUAGCCUCUUUUUGUUUCCCUCCUUUUGGAGCGUUUUUUUAUUCAUAAAUUGUCAUAGUUAUUCCUCUGAAGAUCAGAGAAGAUCAGCUUACUAAUUUGUCCUCCUUUUGGAGUGAAUUUUUGUUCAGUCUUGGUUUGUUUUGUUUUUGUGUUCUGUCUGUUUGCCAUUAGAAUAGAUAGAGAAGGUUUUCAUAGCCUAUUUAUUUAUCACUCUAUCUACUGGGUAAAGAAGACGAUUUUAAAAAAAAAAAAACCUUUGUUGAUCUUGGAACCUCUGUGUCUGAGUCCUCCCUCAAACCCAGGCCUGACACAAAGUGUGUUAUAAAAAUGAAAAAAAAGUUCUGUUUUUACGUUAGUUUGCAACCAUAGUAAGUUUGCAAACUAGCCAUUAGCUAUUUUGGUUGGUACUCUGAUGAUGAUGCCUUUGACUGGCCUACACCUAUUAUCUGACAGUCUCAGAUCAAAUUUUGUUAGCUGGUAACAGAGCCAGCUAAAUUGGCGGCUAACAACCAUUAGCCAUGAUUUUAAGGCCAGUCGGUAGUCUGAUGUCUCAUUACUUUCAGUAGGAAACAUGUUAACGGUACAUCCUGAAUUGAUUUAGGGUCAAGGUACAGUUGAGUCAGCAGCCAGAAACCUGGUGUCUAUGCUAUUCGACACUUUGGCCACAAACAGCUCAACCAGGCCCACAAGGCAGGAGACUAAGCAGCCUGCCCCAGCCCCUAGAAAUGUAACUGUGCAGCAAGAAAUGACAAGGUUUGUUAUUCAAGCCACACAACGUCAUUCUCAUUUGCACUGGGGAAAAAACAGUGUUUUCUUGUUAGGUCUACGUCACUACUGCUAAGAUGUGAAAAUUCAAAUGUGCAUUUUGAAUCACACUCAGACAGAAGUUUGGUUUGUGAUUACACUGGAAAAACUAUAUACAUGUCAGUUAGAAGUUGAAUGCAACACUUACUAAACUCUUAUUUAUAUUUCAAUCCACAGAUCGUUUUCGGGAUAUUUCAAGUCAAACUUAAAUCGUGGUAAAAAAAAAAAAAAAAGGUGUUUGACUGCCACCAAAGCAUGUUCUUAAGCUAAACAGUAAGGCAGCUGCUCUCAAUUUUUAUCUGCUACCAAAAAAUACAUCCCACACACCGUUGCCUGUUGAGGAGCUUGAACUCCUUCAGGCGAGCAUGGGGAGACAAAUGAAGAAGAAGAAGAAGAAGAAGAGGAAGAAGAACUUUAUUGAUCCCCGAAGGGAAAUUCAAUUGUCUGUUAUCUCACGUAAUAUGUCUAUCAAAGUUAUCUAUUAUUUACAUAAGAGUCAUAAAGCCUGAUGGCUGUUGGUACAAAGGUCUUAUAAAUCUUUCUGUCCUGCAGCGAAGAGAGAGGAGCCAUCCACCACCAUUUGCCCUUUGGUCCAUCAAGGUGCUGUGAAGAGGGUGAUCCAUGUUCUUGAGAAUAGUCUCCACCUUCCUCAGUGUAAAUCUUUCCACCACAUCCUCCACUGACUCCAGCUUGAGUCCUACCACGGAGCAAGCCUUUUUCACCAGUUUGUUAAGACUUCUUGCAUCUUUGUGUUUGAUGUUUCCCCCCCAGCAGACUGCAGCGUAGAACAGACCACUUGCCACCACAGACUGAUAAAACAUCUGCAUCGUCUUACUACAGACGUCUAUUGAUCAGAGUCUUCUCAGGCAAAAAAGGCGGCUCUGCCCCUUUCUGUAGAUGUAGUCUAUAUUCUUAGACCAAUCCAACUUAUUAUCCAGAUGUACACCUAGGUAUUUAUAUGAUGUUACUACUUCAAUGUCCACUCCACAGGUGUUCACUGGCUGAAGAGGGGGUUUGGAUCUACAGAAGUCUAUGACCAUCUCCUUUGUCUUUAAGGUGUUGAGGAGGAGGCAGUUUUUGUGACUCCAGUCACUGAAGGCUCUUAUUAGAUCUCUGUAUUCAGCUUCUUGUCCGUUUCUGAUACAUGCCACAAUAGCGGUGUCAUCUAAGUAUUUCUGGAUGUGGCAGGACUCAGUACUGUAUUUGAAGUCUGACGUGUACAGUGUGAACAGGAAUGGCGCCAGCACUGUCCCUUGUGGAGCCCCUGUACUGCUCAUUGAUGUCCCAGAAACACAGUUCCCCAGCCUGACAAACUGUGGCCUUCUUGUCAGGUAAUCUGUGUUCCAGGAAACACAGGAAGGAUCCACUCCUAUCUCUGUGAGCUUGUCUUUGAGUAUGGUGGGUUGGAUGGUGUUGAGUGCAGUUGAAAAGUCGAAGAACAUGAUCCUCACAUAAACUCUAGGUUCCUCCAGAUGAGACAGGGCACGGUGAAGCAUGUAGGGGACAGCAUCAUCCACCCCAGUGUGUUCUUUGUAUGCAAACUGCAGGGAGUCCAGUUUGUCUUUGACCUCAGACCUCAGAAGGCGUAGAAUCAGCCGCUCCAGGGUUUUCAUGAUGUGUGAAGUGAGGGCCACUGGUCUGUAGUCAUUGAGUUCAGCAGGACAUUUUGUUUUUGGUACUGGCACAAUGCAGGAUGUUUUCCCCAGAGCAGGUACCCGCCCCAGCUGUAGACUCAGGCUGAAGAUCUUGUGGAGAGGUUGACACAGUUCUGCAGCACAGUCUCUAAGCAGCCUUGGACACACACCAUCUGGACCAGCUGUCUUCCCAGGAUAAAGUCUUCCAAGCUCCAUCCUCACCCCUGUUUCGGUGACAGACAAGGACUGGUGUUCUAGGAGGGAGUCAGUUGAAGUGGUUGAGACAUUUGAACAAGAUGAAGGAGGAAGGGGAGAAGUUGUAGUGGAGAUUUGUUGCGGAGAGAAAGGUGGAGCAGCAGUGGAAGUGGGAGUGACAGCAGUGUCAAAGCUGUUGAAGAACAGGUUGAGUUCAUUAGCUCUUUUCACAUCUCCCACCACUGGCUGUCUUUUCUUUUGACUGCUGUGUCCAGAGAUGGUACUGAUUCCUCUCCACACUUUACGGAUGUUGCUGUGUUGUAGAUUAUUCUCUAUCUUCUUUUUGUACUCCAGCUUUUGCCAUCUUCAGUCCAUACUAUCCGCAUCUGUUUCCAGCAGCACAUUCCAGUGUGUUGAUUUAAAACAGUCCCUUAGAGCUUCACUGGCUUGAGCUGUCCAUCUUCUUAUUUUGACUUUGGUCACAGGCUGCCUCAGCACACAAGGUCUGUAACAGGUUUGUAGAUAGACCAAGUUAUGGACCAAGUUACCAGUGGUGGUAAGGCAGUGGCUCUGUAGGCUUCUUUGACGUUGGCAUACAGAAGAUCCAGGGUCUUGUUUUCUCUGGUAGGACAGUUCACAAACUGUGUGAAUACAGUCAGGUGAGAGGAGAGGGUGACAUGGUUGAAGUCUCCCAAUCUUGUUAUCGAUGCCUCAGGGUGUUAAGUCUGUAGCCUGGCAACACUAUUUUGCAAAACAUUGCAACAUUCCUCAGUUGAUUUGAGUGGACUGUAAACAACUACUGUUAUGAUAUGACUAUAUUCUCUGGGAACAUAAUGUGGCUGAAGAGCAACUGCCAACAGUUCAAUAUCUACAACAACACACAACUUCUCCUUGACAAUUAUGUGUGAAGGGUUACACCAUCUCUGGUUGACAAAUAAAGUCAGACCUCCUCCUUUCUUCUUGCCACUAGCUUGAGCAUCUCUGUCUGACCUUAUGAGAGUGAAGCCAGGUAGAUCCACACUGGAGUCCGAGUUGUUUUGAUUCAACCAGGUUUCAGUAAAACACAGGAAACUGCACUCACAGAAUGCUUUCUCAGUUUUCACCAAGAUCUCCAGCUCAUUGCUUUUGUUGGGCAGAGAGUUGACGUUUCCCAUGAUGAUUGAUGGAAGAAAGGGUUUAUAUCGCCACCUCCUAGCAUUCAGCUUUGCCUUCACCUUUGGACCAGCACGGCAACCACGAUAACACCUCCUGACGUCCUCUGGAAUUGUUUUUGCCCAGAUUUGCUUUUACUCAAUGAAAGGAGCUCUUCUCUUGAGUAAACUCUUCGCCCAGCAGAAGUAUCCAUCAGCAGCCAACAAAAUUACAACAAAAUUAUGAACAAAAAUCUGGCAUAAAUUACAAAAAUGACAGAUAAUACAGAGAGACCAGACUUGCAGCAACCUCUCGGUUCAAGCGCAUCAUUUUUGGUGAGCCUUCCUGAAGAUGGUGACCACACAGAGGUACAGCUGUCAGUCCAGUUAUUAAACUUAUCUAGUAAUUGUAGUUUAUCUUAAGUUGUGUGCACUGUCACCCCCCCCCCCCCCCCCCACCCCCUCUCUCUCUCUCCUUUAUUAUUAAGAAAGAUUUCCAGGCUCCUGGCUGACACAUUUCCAAAAAUGGAGGGUCUGUGUGGAGGGUGGCUCUUGCAUAAGGUUACAGGUUUGUAAGAUAAAUAUUAUUUCAAGAUUUCAUAUUUACUGAUUAUUACAUCCCACUUACCCAUUUUGGGGGUCUGUAAACCCUUAUGAUGCAUUGAUUACUUGCUGUUAGCAUUAAAGAUGUCUGACUAACUAAAUGUUUUGGGUUUUUUUCUCAACAAAACAGAUGAUUUUUAUUUAGUUUUUAUUUAGUUUUAUUUCUCUUUUUCUUAAUUAAGGUGGGAGUGGUCGACGAAAACUCACUGUCAUUCCACCAGAGGAAGAGGGCUAUACCACCAAAGCUCUGCGAGCUGCGUCAGCAGGCGGCAAAGCCACUUUUUACAUAGUACCGCUUCAGGAGACAUUGGACACUUAUCCUCUUCCUCCUGACUCAACUCACUUCUCAAAAUUGGCAAAGACGGCAUGUUACCAGUGUAAUGAAUUGAUGCCUUUGCAGAUGCUUGCACUGCACAUUAAGACAUGCAAGGGGAAACUGUCUGAUGAUGAUGGUGAUAAUGAUGAUGAGGUGAGGGCAAAUAAUUUUUGUUUUAAGAAAAUUACAAUUAAAUUUCAUUUACUGUUCUGUAAUUUUGCAGUCCUCUGAUGGCACAUGUGUUGUGGAGAACAAGUGUAAGGUAAAUAUAGCAUAUCAUUAAAAUCCUAGAUCACUUUGGUUUGCUUUGCAACAGCUGUUUUUUUUUUUUUUUUACAUGAAACAACUUUUUUUUUUUUUAAUUUCAGGUGGUUUGUCCAAUCUGCACCAAAGAAUUCCCAGAUGACGAGAUCACAGUCCAUGCUCGUCUAUGUGGAGAGAGGUAAUCUGCUUUGUCCUGCUGUUUGUAUAAUAAACAUUUAUAGAUUAAUGUCUAUAUAUAAUCUAUAUGACCUGAACAAUGUCUGUGUAUACUGUGUGUACAGUGUUUAGUGUUUGAGACAAUUGUUUGCUGUACAGCUUUGAAUGAACACUGACUUCUGCACCAAAUGACAAUAGUCCAAGUACAGCUGCUCACACUCCAGUAUCCAAACCAAAAAGGUAUGAUGUAUUAAGCUGUCCUUUGCAUGUGUUUAUUUUUAAUAGCGCAUACAUGUUUUGCUCCAUCAUUUACACAGUCAACAUGUUCUCAGUUAGACAAGAGCUAGCCAUCACAUACUUUCAAAUUAUUUUAUUGUGUACAAAUUUUGUUUGGGUAUUUGGGACUGUAUUAUUAUUUCUUCUGUUGUCUUCUGUAGUUUGUGAUGUGUUUGAACUUGAGUUUGUGGCAUUUGCUGAACUUGAGUUUGUGGCGUUUUUUAAUAAUAAUAAUACAUUUUAUUUGAAGCGCCUUUCACGUCACUCAAGGACACUUUACAGAACAUAUAAAAACAAUAAUAAAACACUAUUAACAAUUAAAAUCAUUAAUCAUCAAACAGUUAAAAUCAACAAAGCAACAUUAAACAUGAACAACAGCAAAGGAAUAAAUAAAGAAAUUAAUAAUACCAACUGAAAUUUAAUUUAAAAAAGUGGGUUAGGGGUGGUGGGAGGGAUAGGCCAGUAUAAACAGGUGUGUUUUGAGUUUGGACUUGAAGAGGGGGAGGGAGUCUAUGUUGCGGAUGUGUGAUGGUAAAGAGUUCCAGAGUCGGGGGGCAGAGCGACUGAAAGCUCUGCCCCCCAUAGUGCUGAGGUGAACAGGGGGCACAGAGAGGUGGAGAGAGGAAGAGGAACGGAGGUGGCGUGUUGGAGUGGCGAUGUGGAGGAGGUCAGAUAGGUAAGGAGGGGCGAGGUUGUGGAUGGCUUUGAAGGUAUACAGGAGGAUUUUGAACUGGAUUCGUAGAGGGACCGGGAGCCAGUGAAGCUGCUGAAGGAUGGGGGUGAUGUGGUGGGACGAAGGGGUUUUGGUGAUGAUACGGGCAGCGGAGUUGUGGACCAGUUGAAGUUUAUGGAGAGACGUGUAAGGGAGACCGAAGAGGUGGGAGUUGCAGUAAUCCAGACGGGAGGUGACGAGACUGUGGACGAGGAUGGAGGUGGUGUUGGGGGAGAGGGAGGGGCGGAGACGAUUGAUGUGGCGGAGGUGGAAAUAGGCAGUGCGAGUGGUAAGGCUGAUGUGGGAUUUAAAAGAAAGAGAACUGUCAAGGACGACACCCAGACUCUUGACCUGAGGUGAGGGGGAAACUGAGGAACUGUCGAUGGGAAGGGAGAGACUGUCAACUUUGGAUAGGGUGGAUUUGGAACCUACAAGAAGAAUUUCUGUUUUCUGACUGUUUAAUUGGAGAAAGUUGGAGGUGAACCAGGAUUUAAUUUCAGAUAGGCAGGUGAUGAGGGAGGUGGGUGGGAGGGUGGAGUUUGGUGAGCUGGAGAGGUAGAGCUGGGUGUCGUCAGCAUAGCAGUGGUAUUGAAUGUUGAAUUUAUGGAAGAUGGAACCAAGGGGGAGGAGGUAGAUGAUGAACAGCAGGGGCCCCAGGACAGAGCCCUGGGGCACACCUGAACUGACUGGGGAGGGGUCGGACUUGAAUGAUUUGAGCUGGAUGAACUGUGUGCGGUCUGAGAGGUAAGAGUGGAACCAGCGGAGGGGAGUGUGGGUGAUGCCGAUGGAGGAGAGUCUACGAAGGAGGAUGGGAUGGGAGAUAGUGUCGAAGGCUGCACUACGGUCGAGGAGGAUGAGGAUGGAAAGUGAACCGGAGUCAGAUGCAGUGAGAAGGUCGUUAGUAAUUUUUAGCAGUGCGGUUUCGGUGCUGUGGCGGGGGCGGAAACCAGAUUGGAAGGGGUCGUAGAGGGAGUUCUGGGUUAGGUGGGUGUGAAGUUGGCUGGCGACGACCUUUUCCAUUAUUUUGGCUAUAAACGGUAGAUUUGAGAUGGGGCGGAGGUUGUUGAAGUUAUUGGGGUCAGAGCCAGGUUUUUUAAGGAUAGGGGUGAUGGCUGCUGUCUUGAGGGAUGCGGGAACAGUUCCAGUGGUGAGUGAGGAGUGAAUGAUGGCAGAUAUGAGAGGGAGCACAGAUGGGAGGCAUGAUUUGAGCAGUGUGGUGGGAAGGGGAUCCAGCUGACAGGUUGAGGGUUUGGAUUUCUGGAUGAGAUCAUAGAUUUCAGAGUCAUUGGGGAGAAGAAAACUGGAGAAGGGCUGGUGGUGUGGCAGGGGAGUAGGUGAGUUUGGAGGGGGUCCAGGGGGAAGAGAACCUGAGUGUAGUUGUUUAUGGAUGUUGGAGAUUUUGUCAUUAAAAAACUGCAUUAGGGUGUUGCAGGUGUCGGUUGAAUACAGGUGGGGAGGGAGGGAGUCCGGUGGCUGGAGAGAUUUGUUGAGGAGAGUGAAUAGUGAUCUGGUGUUUCCUUUGUUGGAGAUGAUCUGGGCGGAGUAGUGGUCUGUUUUUGCGUGAGAAAUUGAGUCCUUGUAGCAGCGUAUGUGGUUAAUGUACAUUUCUUUGUGAAUGGAGAGUCCAGUUUUCUUGUAAAGUCUUUCCAGUUGGCGGCCUUUGGUUUUCAUGGAGCGGAGGUGGGGGGUGUACCAGGGUGCAGUUGUGGAGAAGGAAACAGAGCGUGUUUUGAGUGGAGCGAGGGAAUUGAGGAUGCUAUUUAAACAGGUGUUGUAAUGAGAUGUUAUGUCAUCAGGGGUAGUGUAACAGUCCGGGAUCACAAUAUUCAUAAUCUUAGAGCGCAGAGUGUCAAUGUUUAUGUUCUUAAGGUUGCGGAAUGUAAUGAGGCGUGGUGAAUAAACUCUAGAGAGGGAGAGCGGAAUACUGAAGGAGAUGAGGAGGUGGUCACUUACGUGGAGAUCAUCAGCUGUGCAGUUGGAUGGGAUGAGGCCAGAGCAGCAGAGUAAAUCCAGAGUGUGUCCUUUAGUGUGUGUUGGGAAGUUGAUGAAUUGAUGGAGUCCAAAACUGUCCAGGCAGGAUGAGAAGUCUCUGGUGAGGGGGAGGUUGGUGUUGUCAAUAUGGAUAUUGAAGUCCCCCAGUAUUAUUAUGUUUGGUGAGAGUGUGCAUAGAUGGGUGAGUAGAACCGAAAAGUCAUUUAAGAAGUCAGAGUGAGGCUUGGGGGGGCGGUAGAUGGUGGCGAUGAUGGUGGGAGUGGGUCCAGGGAGUGUAAUUGCCAGAAGUUCGUGUGAGGAGAAAAGAGGCAAGGACAGCGGUAGAACUUUCCACUUUUUGUGGUGGAUGACGGCGAUACCUCCACCACAGCCGUGGCUGCGGGGGUGGGAGAGGUAGGUGUAGUCCGGGGGGGUGGAGUCUUUGAGUGAUGAGAAGUCAUUUGGUUGUUGCCAUGUUUCAGUGAUGCACAGGAAGUCCAGCUUGCGGUCAGUGAGGAGAUCGUGGAUGAUGUGUCCCUUGUUGGUGAGUGAGCGGAUGUUGAGGAGUCCGAAGCUGACAGAGGUAUUGUCAUGUUUGGUGAGGAUGGGAGCCAGUAUGGAUGGGCUUGUUAAAACAGAGUGAUUGACAGUCCGGGUGGUGUAUCUAUUAGAGUGGUGUCUGUUGGUGAUAUGGACAGGAAUAGUGAGAAGUUGGAUACUACUGUAAUUAUUAGGGAGUGGGGAAAAAAUGUCAUGAAAACCUGUGGCAGAGGGAGUCGGUACCAGGAUUUGCCAGCAGGGGGAGCUCUGGGGAGGACCUGUCAGCAGUGAGUGCACAACAGAGGGAGAGGGGUGUGUGUGAACUUGAACUUGUGGCAUUUGUUGAACUUGAGUUUGUGGUGUUUCGUUGAACUUAAAGUUGUGGUGUUUGUUGAAUUUUAGUUUGUGGGAUUUUUUUUACUUGAGUCUGUGGCCUUUGUUAAACUUGAAGUUGUGGCAGUUGUUGAACUUGAGUUUGCUGUGUUUUUUUAACUUGAGUUUGGGGUGUUUGUUGAACUUGAGUUUGUGGCACUUUUUGAACUUGAGUUUGUAACUUUGACGAUCUAACAUGUGACAACAUUUGAGCUCAGAGUUUUAGGACUGUGACUGUUGGUAGUUGUGAUUUCAUUUUGUUGAAAUAUGCCAAAUUGUGAAUUUAUGGUAUAUUGUUGUUCAGACAAUUGAGCUAAGCUAGCUAGCAACUGCUUAUGUCAGCAGUCACUUGUUGCCAUAGCAAACAUUCACGUAGGGAUUAAUGAGCUGGAAAUAGAGAUGCAGAAUCAAGCUAUAUUAUAAACUAUAUAUUAUAGAAAUAGGUGUGUGUGUGUGUGUGUGUGUGUGUGUGUGUGUGUGUGUGUGUGUGUGCUCUUGUGUGCUCUUGUGUGUGAACAUAAACAAACUCUUGCUUUUGACAAGUUGUUUACACAGGUGCAACUGCAGCCAAAGCUGAAAAUGUAUUUUGCAUGUAGUAUAUAUGAAAAUAAUUCAUUUUUUUCUGUUUGGCAUCAUUUCAUCGUCAUUUAAAGGGUUAAAAUCUUCAGACAACAGGAGGGUUUUUUAAAAUUUCAAUUGUACUUUCGGUAUAAUAAGACUGGCAGUUCAACUUCAGGAUAAAAAGAGUGACCUUUCAGCACCUAUGUAACAUCCUGCGGCCUAGUUUGACACACCAGAGUACAAGAUACAGACACCCUGUCCCUGUAGAUCUUCGGGUGGCAAUAUGUCUGUGGCGUUUGGCAACCAAUCUUGAAUACACAUCUAUCUCUCAAUUGUUCGGUGUUGGUAUGUCCACUGCUUGUCAAAUUACUCAAGAGGUUGUGACAGCCAUAAACAAGGAAAUGAAACACCACUACCUCAAGACCCCAUCUGAUGUGGAGCUAAGGUUGAUUGUCCAGGGCUACAGAGAUAAAUGGAGGUUCCCACAGGUUGCAGGAGCAACAGACGGGACCCACAUCGGCAUCCUGGCACCAGCAGAUCACCCUGCAGAUUAUUACAACAGGAAAGGAUUCUACUCGAUCCUGUUGCAGGGUGUAGUUGACCACAGACUGAAAUUUUGGAACAUCAAUGUUGGCUGGCCAGGUAAAGUCCACGAUGCCAGAGUUUUUGCAAACUCUUCUCUGGAUCGUCGGGGUCAGAGUGGCACGUUGUUUCCAGGGUGGACUGAAGAAUUUGAAGGUGUGGAUGUGCCCCUGGUUAUUCUUGCCAAUGCGGCAUACCCACUUCUGCUUUGGCUGCUGAAGCAUUUUUCCGGAGGGGAGAGGUGUCACACCAGCUGAAACUCAGUUCAAUCAUCGACUCAGUCAGACAAGGAUGACUGUAGAGAGAGCCUUCGGAUGGCUGAAGGGUAGAUGGAGAUGUCUUCUCAAAAGGUGUGAUGGGCACAUUACACUGGUCAGCCAUAUUAUCGCAGCCUGCUGUGUUUUACAUAAUGUCAGAAUAAUGUGCAUAAAUGUAUAUAGAAGUUUUCAUUUUUACUCAUCUUCUUAUGUAAGAGUUUACUACAAGUAUGAACUGUUUUGACCUCUUGUUGCACAUCAAAUAAGAGUGUUUUCUAACUUCUCUCUCCAAUAGCUUUAUUACACAGCACAUAAGUGUUUCUUAACUUCUCUGUGACCUAGUUUCUCCUAUCAGCAGGUGUGUGUGUGAUGUAACCUCCACUGUGAAUUGUGGGAAGAAAUGAGGAAGAUCCGCUCCUAUCAAAAGGAGCUCGUUUAAUGUCAACAAUGUCGUCUUGACCCUCACAUAUUUUCUGUGUUCAUUAUUAUGUUUUAUGAGAGUGCUUACGUUGCUGCACAUAUUUUUUCCCCCAUCCUUUAGGGACAACCCUAAAUAUAAGAGACUGGAAAGAAAUACCUUCAGAAUGGUUUUGAGAUUGCAACUGAAACUAUCUCUGUCCAUUCUCCUCAAGUAAGAAACCAUUGUCUUUCUCUUCUUUAUAUGUAUUCAGUCAUUUGUUGCAGGUUUUAGACCCAACACAUAACUAUUGUGAAAUGCACAACAAGCAAUGGGAAGACGUGGAUCCUGAAGAUAAUGGACAGGCUGGUGAUGACAAUCUCACUCAGGCCAAAGAUGAUGGACAGGCUGGUGAUGAUAAUCUCCAUCAGGCCCAAUAUGGUCGCCAUAUCAGAGACGCACUGUUUGCCUAUUUUUCACACUGACAAGCUUUUGUUGUUUUCUCCUGUUUUAAUUGCGCUAAACUGGAUGAAAGUGUCUGAUAAUUGAAAUUGUUUUUUAUAUGUUUUUUCACAGCAGCAAUUACAGCAAAAAUGUUAAGAGUACGAGUUUUUUAAUUUUUGAUUUGUAGAACAGGAUUUGUUCACCUGUAAUUUCAGAAGGUGCUACAACUUCCUCUGCAUGGAAGAGAUUGACUUUCACUCUCUGUCUAAGAAGGAUGUGGCUGAUGUCCAGUCUCUGAUGAUGUAUGCUGAUGAAAUUAUUAGCUGUGGAUACAGCAGCCAGAUCAAACUGGACAGCAAGGAAAACAUCAUUUGGUAAGUGUUUUAAAACAAUAUUAACAUUUUAUUUGAAUUUUAAUUAAUUUUGACAACACCUUAACACAUUUCUCACAGUGAUACAUACGUAUUGACAGUCAAUUAAAAAGAAGAAAAUACACAAAAGCAACAAUAUUAUCAAUUUAAAUACUUUUUAUAAAAAUAAAAAAAAACAAUUUCAAACCAGUAUUGUUUUUUUUUCUGUGCUUUUCUUCAAAGAGCAAUUGUUCUACAUUCUACAACAAGAUUGAUUCCAAUGCUGCAGCAACUGAGAAAGGGAAUGGAACUGUAUGGCCUGGUGAACCUGAUGGCAUCAAACCCCGCAGCUUGCCACUCCUUGUUUGUUCCUGGGAAGAUCACCAAAGUAAACUUUUAUAUCAGUUCUUUUUUUUAACUUUUUUUUUUCUUAAACACUUUAUUUGUAAUUUUCCAAUUAUCAUAUAAAACUAUCAUUAUUUUACAAUCGUUUCACAAAUAACUAUAGAAAAACAAUCCCAAAGUAAAAAUUUUAACUGCCACUUAUUUUGUUCUUACAUAGCCUACAUUGUUGUUCUGUAGUGCAAUUUCCAUUUUGUAUGUCAUUAAUAGCCUGAGUUUGUACACUUAAAGAUAUUUAGCCAAAUCUACAUUCACUCUUUAUAGCCUGAUGCUGAUUCCAUGAUGAUGAACUGCCAGCCACAUUACAGUGAAAAGGGGACAUCUAAGGAAAGAGCUGAGAGGAAAGUGAUCAACUUCCUCCAAGAUUUCUUAGAAGAGCUUGAAAUGCCAGGUAUGAUGUACUGUAUAGUAUACACAUAACAUCAUUUAAUGUAUCAAAAGCAUAAAUGUUCUUGGAUUUUUAUUAAACUGAGUUUAAACUGUUUCUUAAAUUCACGUUAUUUGUAAAAUAUAUUAAUCACAGAUGGGGAGACAGACAGUGCAGCUGGCGACAAAAAACCUCUUGCAGUGCCACAUGUGCUACAGUGGAUGACAGGGCAAUCCCACAUCCCCGUCCUGCCUGAUGAAAAGAGACAUUUCAAAAUAACAUGUAACUUUGACCAUGAAUGCGGGGAAAGGCUUGGAGACCACUUGGUUUGUUACCCAAUUGUGAGUGCAUGCACUCAGACUGUGACUUUUCUAAUACAGCAUCUUAGCACUUACACUGAGUUUAGAAGAAUCAUGAGUGAAGCAGUGCGAUAUGGUGGUGGAUUCCACAGAGUUUAACAGCUGUAUGCCAAAGGCUAUUUGAUCUGAAAAACAGACCAGUUAUAAAGUUUUGUUAUUCAUUUAUUUGUUGAUUUUUUCAACACUUAAUACAGGAUUUUUCACAUGCAUUUGCUGGAAAUGUAUGUGAGACAAGGUUCCUGUAAGCAGCUAAUGUGUCUAUUAAUGUUCAUGUUCUAAUGUCAGACACCUUGUGCAAGAACUGUAUGUACAAGUCACAACCAUGUGACUGAGAAUGUCCCAGAGGAUCAAUAGUUCUCUGAAGUUCCUCCAGGGCGUCAUCAUCCAGUGGGCAUGCGAUGUCAGGAACCACAUCUGCUCCAUUUGAGUCCUCUUGCAGUACGACACUCUCCCAGUCAAUGUCUGGGUCUUGAAGUUCCUACAGAUCCAGAAAGACAAAAAAAAAAACAAAAAAAAAAACAAUGACUCAAGACUGUUAUGAAAAUAUUGCACUGCUGUAGGCAAAGGCAUUAUGGUUUGUUAGAGAAAAUUAUCUGCGCCAUCUACACAAAUCAUGACAAGCUCAUCAUAAGACAUAACCAUGUUGUUAGGAUAGAUAUUCGCCAGUGUGUUCCACAGUCCAACUGCUUCUGGUAGUAAUCUGUCAGAAAACAAGAUCGCUAUCAGCUUGCCACGCACUUUUACAAUUCAUGUUUUAUGUCUUAUGUGAACUGUUCUUUUAUAAUGUUAUACCUCAAGUCUUUUCCUUUCAUCCAGAUCUUGUUGAUGUCCCAUACACCACAGCUGUUCUAGAGUGAGACCUCCUUCUGUCCGUAGAGUAUGUUUAUUCCAUCCUCUGAUGAAGGUGUCAAGAUUGGCCUGGAGUCGAGAGACAAAGAUGUAGUGCACACCAAAGAGGUGUACCACAUCAUCACAUAUAAUGUAAACCCAGACAAGGCAGCCCUAAUGUUAUAUCACUAAAGUACAAAAACUAACAAGGUACUUCUAUAACAUGAGACAAUAAUCAUAAUAAUAAUAAUAAUAAGAAAUACUGCCGAUACAUUGUAUCCAACGAAGUCCUCCCUCUCCCGUCCAAGUCUGUCUGAUGCGAUCUCCUUUGCUUUUUCUGGGUGAAUGUAACUAGCGAUCUAAUUGGAGAACAAACAGCCAAUCAGAGUGUACUUCCGCCAGUUCUCGGAUUGGUUGGCUUUGUGGCACAGUGUAACGUGUGUGUCAAGCUGAGCGCGCAGAGAGCACACACCCGAGCGCAGAGGGCGAGAGGUUGAGUGAGAGAGGGAGGGGGGAAGUGAGCGCGUAAAACUAAAAUGCAAAAGCAUUUAUGGUUUACAGAAUUGAUUUUUUUUUUUUUUGCUCAAUAUAUUUUUCUGUGUCAUAACCCGGCUCUUAAGCCAUGACAUAUAUGGAAACGGACGCAGUGUAGGGCGGAAAGUGAAGAUUUAUUUUACCAAAGUGAAGACUUAAACAAUAAUUUGUAAAUAUGGAGUGUGUUAGUCAGUGAUAUCAGUCAUGUAAGUGUGGAUGUGUGAGUAAUGAAGUGUAGGGUGUUGUGGGGUGAAAAUAAACCAAAGUCAAACCGAAGCAAAAAUCCUGCAACAGCAGGCCUGUGGCAGGGUCAGAGGAAGAGAGCGAGCCGCACUGGAGAAGGGCCUUUUAUGCUCUGUGGCAGCAUUAGGCACAGGUGCUUCAAUUGUCCGCCACACCCACUCUCUCCCAGGUAGCCCUGCAGGGAAAACAUGAAAUGGCUCCACCAGGAUUAGUCCACCAGACCCCAGUUAGGCAGGGCCGUCACAUCUGUGCUCAAAAUGUGUCAUUAUGUGCUCAGAAUCUAUCAUUGCUCGCUUUUGUUUGCUCAAUGUAUUUUUCUGUGCUCAAAAUCUAUCAUUGCUCGAUCAAAAUCUUUCAUUGCUCACUCAGGAUACUGGUACAAAAAUAAAUCCAUAGAGUUUGUGGUGUUUGUUGAACUUGAGUUUGUGGCAUUUGCUUUACUUGAAGUUGUGGCAUUUGUUGAACUUGAAUUUGUGGCAUUUUUUGAACUUGAAGUUGUGGUGUCGUCAAAUUUGAGUUUGUGGCAAUUGUUGAACUUAAGUUUGUGGCAUUUUUUGAACUUGAUUUUGUGGUGUUUGUUGAACUUGAGUUUGUGGUGUUUGCUGAACUUGAGUUUGUGGCAUUCCUUGAACAUGUGUUUGUGGUGUUUGUUGAACUUGAGUUAGUGGUGUUUUUUGAAGCUGAGUCUAUGGCCUUUGUUGACUUUGUGGCAUUUGUUAAUCUUGAGUUUGCUGUGUUUAUUGAACUUGAGUUUGUGCUGUUUGUUGAACUUGAAUGUGUGGCAAUUUUUAAACUUAAGUUUAUGGCCUUUGUUAAAGUUGAUGUUGUGGCGUUUGUUGAACUUGGGUUUGUGGCGUUUGUUGAACUUGAACUUGUGGCAUUUGUUGAACUUCAGUUUGUGGUGUUUCAUUGA